AUAAAACCCUAAUCGCAUUUAAAGCAGCAUAUCAAUAAAUAAAUAUAAAAAAGAGGUUCAGAAAUCAAAACUGCGUUUUUCAAGGAGAGGAGGAGGUUGGCUGCUGCUAACUGCUAAGCGGCAGGCAAUGAGGGGUUGGAAAAAUCUUGGAGUUGUUGAGACCAUCUACGAGGAAGAAGACUAUGAAUUCUCUUCGGCUUCUCCUUCUCUCUCCCCUGCCCUCUCUUCUCCUUCAACUCCCCUCCACUCCAGAGUAGAAUCAUGGUCUCGGGCAACAGGGCAAAAAGCGGAAGUAUUAAUCCGAGUUCAGGGAAAAUGUUUCCAUCUGCACAAGGAUCCUCUGACAUCAAGAAGCACAUAUUUAAAACGUCAGCUAACGGAAAUAGUCUCAGAUUUCACGAUGCCUUUAAAUAUUUCAGCCGAAACAUUCACUGUCGUGGCCGAAUUCUGCUACGGAGCUCACCUCGUCAUAACGCUGUUCAACGUCGCUGCUCUAAGGACAGCAGCUGAAUUGCUUGAGAUGACGGAGACCGACAACAAUGGCGAUGACAACUUGCUCCACUUAACAGACACCUACUUCCGCCAAGUAGUUGCCGUUAAUGGAGAUUACGCAUCUGUUGUCUUCCGUUCGUGUCUAUCUUUGCUUCCUGAAGCAGAAACAGCAGCGUUCCUUGUUAGCAGGUGCAUUGAGGCGUUGGCUCUGUCGAGCGAGGGUGACAGCGGUGCUGAUUGGUUGAACGAGGUUAUAACGGUGUGCCCAGAGGAUUUUCAAAUAGUUGCGGAGGCCAUUCAACGCUGUUUUGGAAACCACGACGUUGUUUAUAAGCUCGUUGAUCUUUAUCUUAUGAGAUACAGUGGAAAGAUUACAGAGGAUGAGAAAACUCAAAUAUGCAGUUCAAUUGACUGCAGCAAGCUCUCACCACAACUCCUCCUUGAGGCAGUCCGAAACCCCAUAAUGCCCCUCCGGUUCAUAGUCCGAGCCAUGUUGAUUGAGCAGCUCAACACUCGCCGCACCAUUUUCUCCGCAGCAGCAGCAGUAACUGAUCACACCCAAAUCCAACCUCAUCACCGCGACCAUGAUGGUCAUCAUCACCGCGACAAUAGCAAACAAAUAGAGCCCAUCGCAGUCAACACUCUAGGCUCUCUCCUUCAACGUGACACAGUGCACCGCCAAUCUGCGCAUCUCAAGGCCACAAUGGCGGCCACAAGCUCGCGGAUACAAAGUUUGGAGGAAGAACUUAAUGGCAUGAAGAUGUUGCUGCACGAGUGUCAUGAGAAACAGGAAAGAAACAUAUUAAUGGACUCGGGGCGUAGGUCUUCGAGCUUCCAUUUUAGCACUAGUGAGAACAAUAAGAUUGUAAAGGGUGACAAAGCAUCUGCUUCUUCGGCUAGUUUUCGGAUUAUCACUAGUAAGGGAUCGGUGGAGACAACUGGUGGGACUUCUAAUUGGUCUUCUUCUUGCAAGGGGACUCCGAGAUCGACCAAGAAAAUUAGUGAGAGGUUGAUAAUUGGAUUGAAGAAGGCGUUUAGAGUUUCGGGUUCGGCUAAAAAGCUCGUCAAGGAGAACAAUGUCUAUGGGGAUACUGGACGUGGAUUCGAAGACGGCAUUGCUAAAGAUAUUAUGGUGAUCAAGUAGGGUUUUAGAUUUUGAUUAUAUCUCAUAUUUCAUAGCUAGCUGAUCAUCAUGAGACCACUUUUCCAUUGCAGAUUUUAUUGAGGAAAAAGAAGCAGUUUUAUGAUUCAAUAUUUCAAUAUCUUGUUGUAGAGAACUGGUUAUGUUAUCCAAUUAAUACCGACACCAUUUUUGGUGUUUGUGAAA